GGCGGAAUAUCGAUAUGCUAUCAAUUUCACUUCAGCUCAUUAUCGAUGUUUCGCGCCCUUUUUUUUUGGCGGGCUUAUCGGCUAUUAACUUUUUGCCGCCAGCCUAUCGCCUAUCGGGCAGAAAUACUGGAAUUCUUCAGGUUAGUAUUUUCGGAAUUCCAGUAUUUCUCACCGCGCUUGUCAGUGUCAAUGGCAUAUGCAGGCAAGGGUCUCACUUCAAGCGGAAACGAAGCCGAAAAUUUGUUGGUGCUGGUAACGUAGAUGCUGCGGAGAUGUCGGUGUGCUGCAGUCAUCGGUCGGCGUGGCCCGUCAACUUUGGUGCACGCAGAAACUUUUGUGGAGGAGAAAGUGUGCCGCAGUCAGCGUCAUCUGUAGGCUUAGGUUUGUCUGUGUGUAUACGUCCAUUUCAACUGGGCAAGAAAUUGCCAUUAGGAUACUGCAGACAAACAUUUCCUGCUGCUGCCGCCACUGUUGCUGCCAUCUAUAUCUGCGCAUCCAUAGUCCGCUGCCGUUGCUGCUAUCCUGGAGCAGGUCAGGCCCCUGUAACUGGCCAGGGACCAGGCGAGAAGUACGGGCUUCGGAAAGUGCCAAUUGGAUUAUGCAGUGAGAUCAUUUCCUGCUACUGCUGCCGCUGUUGUUGUUGUUGCUGCUGCUGGGUGAAAUCGGCCGCCAGUUUAGGUAUAUGAAGACCAGCCAGGGCCAACAUGGGUCGAGUCCUAGGAUGCAUGCAAUUUGGCUAUUGCGGCAAUGAGAUUUCUCUGCUGCUGCCACCACCGCUGCUAACGCUGAUGCUGGUGGUUGUGUCGCCGCCUAAUGGAUCUGCAUAUAUGAGGGCUGUUGCCAGUACCGCCGCUCGCACCUAAAAGGCGCCUCUGUUGCUGCUGCUGUUCCGAGAGAUGCAUGUGCCGCCGUUGCUAUACGAAGGUUGUCGGGCUUUUGUUGCUGUUUCUGGUCUUGCUGCUGCUGUUGCUGUUGCCGCUGACAUGGGAGGAAACGCUGGCGAGGCGCCAGAUGCCAGUCCCGCGUCAUCAAAAGGAAAAGACGGUUUGCCAGGAGCGCUGACACUGCUACCACUGCCUUUGCUGCCCCAUCUGCUGCUACUGGGGCAAGAAUACCCAAACUGCUGCUCCGUCCAUCAGAUUUCCGACGCCUCGCCGCUGCAUAAGCAUCCGCAUUGCGGAUACUCUAGUUCACGGCGCUCCAGUGUCCUAACUCAGGAGUUCCUGAGUCUGUCCUGUCGUCCGUCCCGUCAGCCCUGAUGCGCUCAUCCCAUCAGUGGCGGGAGGGAGAGCAUGCUCCGCUGUCCAGCGUCAUCUACAGGAAAACGCCGGUUGUCCAGGAAAGCAAUUUAAUGCACUAGCUGAAAGGGAAGAAACUAAUCCAUGCUUCUCUCUUUUUUCCAGGGCAAAUCGCCAGGGCCAAGCGAGGAGUCUGGUCGUCGGAAGUUGUAAAAUGGAAACCGCUGCAAAACAUUAAAUGCUGGCGCUGCCACAUGUUGCCGUUUUUGCUGCCGCUGGUGUGAGUGUGGGUUGCUGCCGCAGACUGUUGCCACCGGGAGAUUGACUGCGCAUGGCUGCCAUGUUGCUGGUGACGCCCAUGUCCAGGCCCGCUGCCGUCUCCUGCCCAAUCAAUCCAGGCAGUCCCUAUGGACGCAUACCGCCAAUCGGUAUCUCAUCGCCAAAGGACCGAUACUGGGAUUUACUCGGCCAGGCAUUGGCCGCCGAUCCCGUUGCCGCUACCGUUGCUGCUACUAUUGCCUCUGGAGAGAGACAACGCCACGAGCUGAAGCAUCCCUUCCUCACAGAGCCGGAUUUGCAACGCCGGCACUGAGCUCGGAGCUGAGAGCGUCACAUUGGAGUCGGAUCUUCAGAAAUCAGGAACUUCAGCUCCCUCUUUCAGGGCCUCCAGGAGUGGUGGGUGUGGCCAGCGAACCGUUCAGCUCACCGCUUGGUCUCUGCCGCCACUGUUGCUGGCCUUGCUGCUGUUGUUGUUGCUGCCUUGGUUGGACCGCCAGUGUGGCGUCCAUUACAGCAGCAGAUGGAUCAUCAGGAGCCGUAGAGUCGCAGAUCCCUCGGUCGGAAAGGAGAGAUGGAUCUUCAAUCAUGCCAGGAGAGUCAUUUAAAUACGCAGCCAUCCAGCCAUCAUAAUUUUGUUAUACAGUAGGUGUUUAGUUAAGUUAAUUUUACCAUUAUAUCUAUAAGCACUUUUCCCUUUUUAUGUAACCUGAACUUAGCCUUUAGCCUUUUUGUAUUUCUUUAUUUCUUUUCAAUAUUUUUGCCACCCCUUC